AUGGCAGCACACUCGCACAGCCAUGAGGGCACGAGUCACUCACACCCUGGAGGCGAUCAUGGCCACACUCACGAAGUCCUCGACGGUCCGGGCUCGUUCCUCGGCCGCGAGAUGCCCAUAGUCGAAGGCCGAGAUUGGAAGGAACGAGCGUUCACUGUAGGCAUUGGUGGACCCGUCGGAUCAGGCAAGACAGCCUUGAUGCUAGCCCUGUGCCUAGCCCUACGUGACAAAUAUAACAUCGCAGCCGUUACGAACGAUAUCUUCACGCGAGAAGACUGCGAGUUCCUCACUCGCCAUAAAGCACUACCUGCUGAACGUAUCAAGGCUAUUGAGACGGGCGGGUGUCCUCAUGCGGCAGUAAGAGAAGAUAUCAGCGCCAACCUGGCUGCCUUGACAGAUCUGCACCGCGAAUUUAACACCCAGCUCUUGCUCAUUGAAAGUGGAGGCGACAACCUCGCAGCAAACUACAGCCGUGAGCUGGCAGACUUCAUUAUAUACGUAAUCGAUGUCAGUGGAGGUGACAAGAUCCCACGAAAAGGUGGGCCUGGCAUUACACAAAGUGAUCUACUUGUGGUAAACAAGACGGACUUGGCGGAGCUCGUCGGUGCAGAUCUGGGAGUCAUGGAUAGGGAUUCGAGGAAGAUCCGAGAAGGUGGUCCGACCAUAUUCGCUCAGGUGAAGCAUGGUAAGGGUGUUGAUAGGAUUGUGGAUUUGAUGCUAAGUGCGUGGCGGAGCUGUGGUGCAGCAAGUGCAAGUGGCUCGUGA